CACGUGGGUGACACGAUGCUGACGCUCUGAGAGCAUGCGCAUUGCGAUGAAGGGAAUUUUCAACAGCUGAGGAGGCGUAACUAGCCAGGCUAACAUUUGCUUAAGUUUGGAAAUUGCUGAAAACAACCGUUUGGUUAAGAAUGACUUUUCCAAAUGAGUGACCUCAAACUCUACAAAUACUAAAGCAAAGGGACUCCAUAAAUCCAACUUUGAAUUACCAGAGAGCAAGUCUCCUCCUUGCUGUCUGCGUGACACCGACCCAUUUGUCUUGAAACAAGUUAUUCUUUGAGAUUAAGAAGAGAUGUCCAGACAAAGACGACCAUACAGGCUGCUGCCUUGCUCCACCAACUGAAAGCUACCAAAACACAGUUUUUUGUGGUUAGAGCAUGGGCUUUUGAGUCUAUCUGCUGCUCUCUCGCUCCAGAAUAUUGGAAUUUAGUGUGUGCCAAUGUGCACUGUAAAUUAUGCUCACCUAAAAUGGUGCUUGAAUGCGGCAUCCCCAAUCGAGGCGUGCCUGAAGAGCUGAGGGUCUCUCUGGUAUCUGAAUGAUUGUCUGUUGCAAAUAAUGGAUGCCAAGUUGAGAGAGGACCUGUUCCGGAGGUAUGUGACGGCACUGGAAAGGCGUCCGGAGGGGGGAUAUUCGGGAACUGGAAGUACGUUGGAGGGAGACAAAAGCAGACACAAGGACAGCGAGUCCCUACUCUCGACAGCGACGGCUCUGCUCGGAGCCUAUCAGCCAGAUCCUGGACAGCGAUUUCGCAUGGUCCGUUUCUACGAGAUGGUGGAGAACUCGCUGCGAUGCCAGAGAGGAGGCAACCUUAAGAGCCUGGAGAGGGCCUUUCACACUCUGGAAACCAUCUGCACCAACCUUCUGCUCUUUCCUUGGAAGAAAGAGUUUCGAUGUAUAAAGACCUUCACAGGUCCUUAUGUGUACCACCUGCAGUCUGCCAUUUCUGACGCCGAACUCCGAACGCUAAUGCGUACCAUUGGAUAUACCUGUGACCAUGAUUCGCAAUUCCGUUUGUUGGACCACCCAGGGGACAGCAGUCAUCUCCGCCAGCUAGCCUUCGAGCUGUUCCUGGCCCAGGCAGAGUGUCGUCUACUAGGGGAGGUGGUGGCUCUCGCCCGCGGUUCCGCCUCGGAGCUGGAAGCUCUGGAGCUCCGCCGGGGUUGUAGAGAUGAUGCAGCUGGUUGUGCUGAGGCGCUGCGCAGACGAGACAGCCUCGGGGCAGAUAUCGCUCGGUUGUCUGUUCGACCGUUGGAUAUAGAAAGGCCUCAUGCCCACCACCUGAGACGAGGAAGCCGACCGUCCAAGUCUGUGGAUGUUACAGAUGGGGCAGGUCACUGGCACCCAGCAGUCAACAAGCCUAUCCUGAAGGCAUCUCUGAGUCUAAGGAAGGAGCCUCUGUUUGUGGACACAGAGGAAGACAUGAAGGAUGAGAUCAUCAGGCCCAACACCUCUGCAUCUUUUUUCUCUAUCGCAGCUCCACCUUCCUACAGCCCUGUUGCAGACUUUUUCCCCAUGCAGUCGCCUCCUCCAGUUGACCCCUACACGUCCUACCACAUGUCCUCCUUAGAUGACAUUGACUUGUACACAGAGAGAGGUGGUGUCGGGAUGGGAGGAAGGCAAACUCCGUCUCGACCGCCAUCCAGAGAGCCGCGUGAUGCCAGAGAUGGCUGGCUUCUCAAAGCUCAUGGUAGUGUGAAGUGUCAGGGUUGUGGACUGGGAUGCUCCACAAUGGCAUCCUGUCAGAGGUGUGACAUGAUUCUUUGCUCCGCCUGCCACGAUAUAGAUCCGUCCCCCUGUUGUGGCCUCCAAGACUACCACUCGAAAUCCCCACGCCCCCUUGACGGAUACAUUCCCGUGAAGGAAAAGCUGUCGGUCUACUCUAACGCCCAGUCUCACCCCCAUCUCCAUCCACACCCUCUAACCCUGACCCAUUCUCAUCCCCAUCCUAACCCCCAGAUGUUGGAAAAACCCCUCAUGCCCACCAAACUGUUUCCAAGCAAGUCGGUUGCUAUGACAACACCAAAGGCAGGGAGCACGGAGCGCUUAAGUAUUGGGGGGUCACGAUGCGGGUUUUGCAACAAGCCAGGCGCAUCACACACCUGCGUAAAUUGCUCCAAGGUGUCGUGUGACUCUUGCAUGGGCUUGUAUGCGAAAGAUGUGUGCACACGAAAGAAUCCUCAGCACAACUUUGUGCCCAACCAUCAGCUCAACUUUAAAUCUGGCACCAUAUCACACCUAGUGUAUCGAUGAAGCAGGCAGGUGGAAUAAUCCCCUUCAGUACAAUCCCCUAACAUUUAAUGUAGUUUUGCACUAGUGCUUUAUGCUUGACUUACAUAGUUCAUUCUCUGUUUUCUGUUUUUAUCUGGUGGUUUCUUCUCCAACUUGUGCAUUCUCACUCGCUGACAGUAGACCCACGGAAUGCACAUGCCACAGAGCCGUGUCAUUAACCCAGCUCUCCGCUAGGCAUGGGCCGGUUUGAGAUUCUCACGCUGUGAUGAUCUUGGGUAAAAAAACCGAGCUCUGUCAUGGUAUACCCGCAUCAUGAUGGAGCACACACAGAAAAUGAAAACAAUAAAAUGUUAAACAUGUUAAAAUCAAUUAAAACAGAAGCAUUAGUUCUUCCCAAUGUGGAUAAAAUAAUGAGACAUUGGUCAUUAUAGCCUUUAUAUUUAUUUUUACACUUGUUAAAUUUUUGAGUAGUUUUUAAGUGUUGACUGUGCAGAAUACAAUAUUUUUACAGUUCUGCUCUUUAGAGUAACAAAAUUAGUCAGGCUACAUGGCGCUACCAUACGGUGAAAAUGAAAGGGGUGCACUGCACUACUCCAUGUACUGUGGCAUCUCAUUAUAGGAACUUUAUCAUAAAAUGCAACUUUGAAUUUACCAUUGGGAUUAAUAAAGUAUUUUGAACUGAAAUUUGAAUUUAAUAUGAAGGAACAGAAUGAGGGAAAUGUUUUUUUUUUUUUCUUCUUCUUAGAUUUAAAAUGUCCAUUUUGUAACAGUUUUAUACCUCAGUACAACUGGCCCAUGCCUACUCUCUGCCUUGUAAAGCUGUAAGCCUUUUCUCUAUUUAUUGGUUUUACCAGAAGACAUGCUUUUCAGUCAUCCUGCGUUGACGUUGCGCUUCCCACUGUUCUUAGUUUCUUUUACUCUCCACAUGGUGAAAACUGGACAAAUUAGUUAAACUUCAUCUCAUUGUAAUCAAAUCUGCCCUGACGAACAUUAUACACUUUGCCUAACUUCUCAGCUAAAAAUUAUUCUAAUAUAUUAAUGUAUAUACAUAAAUAGAUACAGUAUAUAUUUAUGUAUGAGUGUGUGUAUGUAUGUGUAGAAAAGACCUGAGCUUGCCUGAUAUUUAAAGGUAAUGUUUUAGAAAACUUGAACAAUGUUGGGGAAAAAAAAAAAAAAAGUAAUCACACUGGAAGUCAGUAACUCUCUGUUCUCUAGGACUAUGCGAGACUGUUAAAUGGGCAUGAGGUCUGGCAUUUUCUGGAUGUACAUCUUACAUAUGUUGAUGUGGGGUAGAAGAUAUCCUGAAGAGACAUAUGUUCUAUUUAAAAUAUUACGCCUUGUAAAUUUACCCUGAAAUAUUUGUAAUUUUCUUUCUUUGGCUCAGUUUUAAACGCUGCUGUGAACUCGAGAUGUUAAAGAUGAUUUUCGUCAGACCGUUGGUGUCAGUUCCAGGCCUCGUCCCUCUCAUUACUUCCCACAAACCCCACAUGAUUCAUGAUGCCUCCACAAAUGAGUGAUUCUCGUUCAGCUUCAAGUGGGGUCACAGGAAACCUUGUAAUGCUUGUAAACAAGUCUGGUGACUAACAAACAUAAAACUGUUGGUUGGUUUUUGGCAGCAUGAAGAUUUAUGCUCCUCAAUGGUUUCUGUCUACCUCAAUUCACAUCAGCUUACACCCAGUUUGACAUUGUGGAUUAAAACUAGCCUCAAUAUUCAGAGGAAAAAAUAAACGGAACAAAGCAUUUAAUUAACAAGUUGUCUGUGUUUAAAAAGUGGUGCGGUAACCUCAGAAAACCAUCCAAAUGUAUUAUAAAAUGGAAUCAGGUUUAGAUGUUUAUUUAGUGAUGGAGGAAUUGUGUAGAAUAUUCUUGUUACACAUACUUGACUCCAUUUUAAGAAGUAGCAAAAAACAAUUUUAAUUUGAAAUUUCUACUUUUCCUUACUUAACUGGGUUGCAUUUAUGUUUUUCUCUCUUGGUUGGAUAGGCAAAAGACGGAAACCACUUAUGUUGCAGUUCAGCUCAGCACUGAUACCAGCUCAGAGUCUCAUAAUUAAUUUAGACUCUAUUGCUUUCUAUUAUGGAAGUAUUUAACGUUAAUGGCUUUUCAAAGCAGACUUUUACUACACUACUUUUUGGGGAUGCACCAAUCAAUGAGGUCAGAGUUUAGAUCUGGAUAAGUUUCCCUCGAUGCGCUGUGAAGAAUGAUCGGUUAAUUCAGUGUAGAAAUGCAUCAGCAAUCAGCAUGUAGCUUGAUGCACUCAAUACAAAUUAAAGAUCGAGGAUUGAUGUUUUAUUGCCAUUGUUUUCAAAGCUACAGCUGCUGUCAAAGAAGCUAUUGCACAUUUUAUUUUUGUUGCUGUUCAGAAAAAAAAAAAAUCGGAA